CGAGUGCUGGUUCUGCUUGCGGAAGUGACGUACACUGUCACUGUUUUUGUUUCGCUUCCUUCCCUGGCUCCCAAAUAGCAGCCGGGCUCUUGGAACGCGCUGUAUCCGUAAUGUACCUCUGUUUGACAUGGAAAACAAACGUUUGGAAGUGCCGGACGGAGUCCUUGACGACUUGUGCAGUCGGUUUAUUUUACACAUUCCCAGUGAAGAAAGAGACAAUGCCAUUAGACUUUGUUUCCAAAUUGAACUGGCCCACUGGUUCUAUCUGGACUUCUGGAUGCAGAACAUUCCAGGACUGCCUCAAUGCGGGAUAAGAGAUUUUGCUAAAGCAGUCUUCCAGCAUUGUCCGUUUUUACUUCCUAAUGGUGAAGAUAUACAGAGGGUUCUUAAUGAGUGGAAAGAAUACAAAAUGGGAGUGCCAACCUAUGGUGCUAUUAUUCUAGAUGAAUCCCAUGAAAAUGUGCUGCUUGUUCAAGGUUAUUUAGCAAAAUCUGGUUGGGGAUUUCCAAAAGGAAAGGUGAAUAAAGAGGAAGCCCCUCACGACUGCGCUGCUAGAGAGGUUUAUGAAGAGACUGGAUUUGAUAUCAAAGAUCGCAUGUGCAAUAAUGACUACAUUGAGCUGAAGAUUAAUGACCAGCUAGCUCGUUUAUAUAUCAUUCCUGGAGUACCCAAAGACACAAAGUUUAAUCCAAAAACAAGAAGAGAAAUUCGGAACAUUGAGUGGUUUCCAGUAGAAAAAUUACCUUGCCAUAAAAAUGAUAUGACGCCUAAGUCGAAGUUGGGAAUGGCUCCAAACAAAUUUUUCAUGGUGAUUCCUUUUAUUAGGCCACUGCGGGACUGGCUUCACAGGAAGUUUGGUGACUCCUCAGACAGUGAUAAUGGCUUUGCCUCAGCUGGAAGCACUCCGUCCAAACCAAACACUGAAAAAUCAAAAUCCAAAAUGCGCUGCAUUUCACAGUUCUCUGAACUAAAUUCAACCGACCAGUCCAUAAAAAACAAGCAGCCGCAGAAGCCAUACAGUCAUCUCAAUACAGCAGAAAUGCCAGAAAUGCUAAAAAACAAGAAUCCAAACCUUAAGAAUAAUGGAAAGAAGCAGCACCAGGACUCUCCAAACCAGAAGAAGAAAGCAAAUGGCGCCCAAAAUCAGCAAGUAAAGCAGCAGAAUAAUAUUUUGAAAUCCGAGCGGAAGCUCAACCCUAGAAGACUUAACGAUACGUUUGGAGCAGACUCUGCACUAGACAUGUGUUAUCCUAGUGACGAGCAGCAGUGUGACUCUGAAGAGGCUCCCGACACUUGCAAUGAGACGUAUCCGUGCUCUUUCUCUUCACAAGCUUUCCUGAACUUUCACUUUGAUUGUGACGCCAUAAUGAAAUCGAUUGAUGUUUAAGCUGAGAGCAGUUACACAAGCUUCAUUGUAGUCCACAUGCCUUACCUUCCUCAGGGGUUUCAUGGACAUACAGGGAUGUAGUGUUUAGAUGUAUGCCUUCCCAAGGAAAACGUUGCCCCUUUGCUUAUUUUGGGUGGGUAGGUUUAACCUUCUUCUUGCACUGUUUUUAUUUUUAUUAUUUUUUUUUUUGUGAAGCUGGCAAUCUCUAUAUCAUUUUACAUUUCAGUGUUGAAGCUUCCUCUCAAGUGUGUGUUGUUGGGAAUUGCCUAAAUGGACAGUAGAUAACCUUCAGCACUUCAGUUAAUUACAGGCAGGGGCAUGCUGGGAGUUGUAGUUUUUGCACAGUUGUGAGUGCUGAAUAUGAUCUUUCCAUGCCCUACCUUUAUGGUUCUCGUUCUGUAUUCAUAUGUUCCUGAUGUAGAUGUGACACUAGAUGUUUUUGUAAUUAAUAAUACAUUGUUACUGUAUAUGUUUUAAGGCAAUCUGUAACCUGCGCAUUAACCACAAUUAUGUACUGUAGCUGCCUUGGAUUCCAGGUGUCUGUCACUUAUUGUCUGUGUCUGUUCUAAGGGCCCUAAGCCAAAGCUGUUAUUAAUGUGAAGCAUUUUGUUAAAGGGGUUGUUCACCUUUAAAUGAACAUUUAGGAGCAGAUUUAUCAAGGGUUGGAUUUCGAAGCGAUAACUACUUCGAAAUUCGGCCAUCGAAUUAAAAUACUUUGAAUAUUGAAGUCG